AUGCUAGUGCGAAUGGAGCAUUGGCAGCUGUUAUUAGAGCUUUGUGACAGGAACCCGGAAUUAAUAACAAACAAAUUUAAUGGGCCUGAAGGAAAAGUUAAGAGUCAUGCCCUUUGGAAAACAGUUACAUCCAAAUCGAACAGUUUGGGAUACGGAGAAAAACCUAUGGAAGGCUGGCGAAAGGCACUUACAGAUUGGAAAUCGGAGACUAAAUCAAAGGCAGCUGCAAUUAAAAGAGAAAUGCAGAAAACUGGUGGAUAUUCUAAUGAUUCACCCCCAUCCCAUUAUCCAUCUUGGAGAACAAACUUCUGGCAAUAA